AUGCCCUCACCACCAUACCUUCCCACCUCCGCCGCGUAUCUCAAGGAAUCUUCCCUCCUCUUGCAAGCAUAUCCAGACUCUACCUUAAUAACAACAAAAUACACCUUCCCCUCAUCCAAACCCUCGUCGAAGUCCAGCAAACCCUCCACAAACCCCGACUCAACCUCAACAACAACAUCGACAACCCCCCUCGCAACCCUUGUCCUAAAAACCUACAACCCCACCUCCGGGAUAUGCCUGAAAUACUCCACGAACAAGGCGGCCGAAGUUGGGAGAUUAAUUACGGCGCUAGGGCUGUUGGCGGGAGGGGCGGAUAUUAAUUUGCUGGAUGGGGCUGUCCCUGCUGCUGGCGCUGGGGCUGUGGGUGGCGAGGAGGAGGGUGUGAGUGUGACACCAACGACGGGUGGUGCUGGGCCUGGUGCUGCUGCGAGUACGGGUGCCAAUACGGGGGCUGGUGUUUCGAAGGGCAAGGGGAAGGGCAAAGGGAAGAAGGGAAAGAAAUGA